GUCCAUCAGCCGGUGACUGAAGAUGACGAAGCCUCAGGAUGGAGCCGGCUCUCUCCUGCUGUUCAUCACUCCGUUGCUGCUGCCGGUGAGCUUUGCCUCCGAGCUGUCCGUGGUGACCUGCGGCUCAGUGGUCAAGUUGCUCAAUAUCAAGCACAAUGUCCGGCUCCAUUCGCAUGACGUUCGCUACGGUUCAGGCAGCGGACAGCAGUCUGUGACAGGCGUCACAUCUGUAGACGAUGGCAACAGUUACUGGCGUAUCCGUGGGCAAACCUCCACUGUAUGCGAGAGAGGAACAAUGAUUAAAUGUGGACAAUCUAUGCGUCUAACACAUGUCAACACAGGACGCAAUCUGCACAGUCAUCACUUCACUUCUCCUCUGUCUGGAAACCAGGAAGUCAGUGCAUUUGGGGAUGAUGGGGAAGGUGACAUCCUGGAUGACUGGACGGUUCUAUGUGAUGGAGAAUUCUGGCAAAGAGAUGAUGAUGUCCGACUUAGACACACAUCCACCAAUGUUUUCCUCUCUAUCACAGGGGAACAGUAUGGGAGGCCCAUUAAUGGCCAGAGGGAAGUUCACUGCAUGUCAUAUUCUAACCAAAACAGCUAUUGGAAAGUCAUGGAGGGGAUAUUCAUGAAGCCAAGUGAGCAGUCCCGGACUCAGAAUGCUCAUACUGAACUAUGAUGUCACCCACAGAGACUCCCACUCCCUUUCCUUAACCAUACAGUGUUGGGAUCACUCAGGAUACUCCUCAGAUCCUGAAUGGUUACCUUAAAAGUUCAGUUCAGAAAUAUUUUAAAUGUGGAUUCAAGGGCAUGAUUUGUAUUGUUGCCCAUUCUGCUGGUAUUGUUUUUAUGUCCAGAAAAGAGCUGAGGUUUAACACUGGGCAUGUCCCUGGGACAAAGCUACUUUCAAUAUUUUAUCUCAGCAGCUGGUGGAUUUGAAUACAACAUUUUUAAA